AUGGCCGACGUACAACAGAUGUUUCAUUGUUUUUACGUGCAGGAGAAAGAUCGCGACUUCCUUAGCUUUCUCUGGCAUAGAAACAAUGACCCAGAACUCGCCCUUGUGGAGUAUCGUAUGCGCGUGCAUACUUUCGGGAACUCACCGUCGCCAGCGAUCGCGACAUUUGGAAUGCGUAUCGCAGUCUCGUCUGUUAAGGAAGUAUACGGUGAAGACGUGUGUAAUUUCGUUCAGGACGAUUUCUACGUCGACGACGGGUUGUUGUCUGUACCCAACGCAGAAACAGCUAUCGACACUCUCAAAAGAACACAAGCUGCCAUGAUGGAAGGAGGCAACCUACGAUUACAAAAAAUAUCGUCGAACAGCGCAGAGGUAAUGCAAUCCUUUCCGGAGGACGAUCUCGCUGAAAACCUCAAGGACCUUACUCUUGGUGCGGAUGUUCCUCCGUUACAACGUAGCCUCGGAAUAUUCUGGGAUGUCGCCUCAGACAUGUUUACGUGUAGAGUGUCCUCUGAAGAAAAGCCAUUUACGAAAAGAGGCGUCUUGUCUACGAUCGGAAGCCUCUACGACCCUCUUGGAUUACUGGCACCCGUUAUAAUCAGAGGGAAACUGUUCUUCCGAAAACUCAUGAACCUAAACCUCGAAUGGGACGAUCCCUUACCCUUAGAACUGAAAAACGAAUGGGAUCAGUGGAAAUUGUCUCUUAAGGAGUUGGAAACGCUUAACGUUUCUCGUUCGUACGCCGGAGGUCUAGCAGACAAAAGCCGCAAAGAACUACAUGUGUUCUCCGAUGCCUCCAACGACGCCAUUGCAUCCGUCGUAUAUCUCCGUACUAUCGACGCGGAAGGACAUGUCUCCUUGUCGUUUGUUCUUGGAAAGGCAAAGGUCGCUCCGUCAGGGGGACACACAAUCCCACGCUUGGAACUAUGCGCGGCUGUGUUAGGUAGUCAGAUCCUGGAAACCGUUUUAACCAGUCUUAAAACAGAAAUCGACAACAUCAAACUGUAUACAGACAGUCGGAUCGUAUUAGGUUACAUUCAUAACACUUCCAGAAGGUUUCAUGUGUACGUUGGAAACAGAGUUCAACAGAUUAGAAGUACUACAAAGCCGAUACAGUGGACGCACGUAGGCACCGAGAAUAACCCCGCCGACGAAGGGUCACGUUCCAUACGCGCGUCUAAAAUUGUGAACAGUGCUUGGCUAAAUGGACCAGUCUUUCUACUCAAAAACUCCAGCGUUUCACCGCCUUCUGUUGAGUUUGCACUCGUAGAACCCCAUAAAGACAAAGAGAUUCGACCGGUGGUACACUCCGCGAAAAGUGCCGUAGUGAACACAACUACCGGAAACUCGCUCCUCGUCGAGAAAUUUGAGAAUUAUUCUGAAUGGAGCUCUCUUGUUCGUGCGAUAUCGUACCUCACUCACAUCGCGAAGUCGUUCCAUACCCCCGAAGGCACGUGUAAAGGAUGGCAUUCUUGUGAUCGCCCUAAGGAAAGGACAUGUAUGGAAGAAGCUUCCGACUUUGUGAUAUCGCAGAUGCAGAGGGAACUUUUCUGCAAAGAGAUUGAAUGUAUCCGUCACAACAAGAAACUCCCGGCUAACAGUUCGAUUAUCAACCUGACACCUUUUUUGGAUGACAACGACCUCCUUCGGGUGGGAGGUAGAAUGAACAGGCUCGAAGACACGUCAAGUUCAAUUCCUCUGCAUCCGAUCAUCAUUCCCGGAAAAAGUCACGUAGGGACUCUUCUUAUCCGACAUUACCAUUCGAUGGUCAAGCACCAAGGACGUCACUAUACUGAGGGAUCCGUUCGCGCAGCCGGGUUCUGGCUUGUAGGUGGUAAGAGAGCUGUGUCAUCUAUAAUUCACGCUUGCAUUUGUUGUCGUAAGUUGAGAACUCACCUUCAAACCCAGAAGAUGGCAAAUCUGCCCACCGCUCGGAUAACUGCGUCAGCCGCGUUUACUCAUGUUGGAGUAGUCGUCUUUGGACCAUGGCAAAUUGUGUCUAGGAAAACGCGUGGAGGUGUCGCAAACUCGAAACGAUGGUCUGUGUUGUUUACGUGUUUGGCUAUUCGCGCAGUCCACAUAGAGGUUCUGGAGGACAUGAGUUCGAGCUCGUUUAUCAAUGCCCUUCGUAGAUUCACGUCCAUACGCGGUGAGGUCAAGGAGUUCUACUCCGACAGAGGCACCAACUUUGUAGGCGCCACAGAUCCCCUUCACAUCAACGCUGUCAACGUUGAGGACAAACAAGUGAAGAGGUACUUCUUCGAUACCGGUAUUGCGUGGAACUUCAACUCUCCCCAUUCGUCGCACAUGGGCGGAGUGUGGGAGCGUAUGAUUGGGCUCUCGCGACGCAUUCUCGACGCUAUUCUUCUUGAACGGAAAAACAAAGCCCUCACUCACGACGUCUUAUCCACGCUUAUGCAUGAGAUCAGCGCUAUCAUCAACAGUAGACCUAUCGUCCAGGUCUCAUCCGACCCAGACUUUCCUACUAUCCUCAGUCCUUCGACGUUGUUGACACAAAAGAACUACGUUUGUCACGAACCGUUUGGAAACCUUGACAUUAAGGACAUGUACCGUAAUCAGUGGGCUCAGGUUCAAGUCCUAGCCAAUGCCUUCUGGUCGCGAUGGAGCAAAGACUAUCUUAGUACUCUACAAACGCGAACCAAAUGGAAACAUGAAUGUGACAAUCUCAAAGAAGGCGACGUCGUUCUUCUCAAGGAAGCCUCCGAGGCCAGACGUCAAUGGCCUAUGGCUACGGUGAUUAGCACCUUCCCCGGCACAGAUGGGCUUGUUCGCAAGGUCGAACUCCGCGUCGCCAGAACGGACAGAACUACUACGUUAGUUAGACCAAUUACUGAACUCGUUUAUUUGCUCAGCGAGUGA